AUGAUCUCAAGACCAUUUAUGAGACUGAUGUCUACUAAAGUUCCUAAGCAGUUUAAGUCUAUCGUGUAUUCGACACACAGUGUGGAAGAUGUCGGUAGCGUGCUCUCGGUGCAAAAUUACACUCCAAAAGAGGACUUGAGCAAGGCAAUUGUGUUGCGCACUCUUGCUUUCCCGAUCAAUCCUUCUGAUAUCAAUCAGUUGCAAGGAGUAUACCCUUCGAAGCCUGAAAAAACUUUGGAUUACUCGACUGAACAACCCUCAGCAAUUGCUGGCAAUGAAGGGGUCUUUGAGGUUGUGUCAGUGCCAAAGAGCGAAUCCUCUUUGAGUGAAGGCGAUUGGGUUAUUCCUGUCCAUGCUAACCAAGGAACUUGGUCCAAUUACCGAGUGUUUUCAAAAGCGUCCGAUUUAAUCAAGGUGAACGGUUUGGAUCUUCAUUCUGCAGCCACGGUUUCUGUUAAUGGAUGCACUGCUUACCAAUUGGUCAAUAACUACAUAGAUUGGGACCCUAGCAAGAACGAAUGGCUGAUCCAGAACGCUGGCACGUCAGGUGUGUCCAAAAUAGUGACACAGAUCGCCAAGGCCAAGGGCGUGAAGACUUUGAGCGUUAUCCGUGACCGUGAAGGUUUCGAGAGUGUGGCUAGGACCUUGGAAGAGAAAUACGGUGCUACAAGAGUUAUCUCUGAGAGCGACAACAGCGACAAAGCGUUCGGGAAGGAGCAGAUGCCAAAGAUCUUGGGACCCAAUGCUCGAGUCAGACUAGCGUUGAACUCCGUCGGAGGUAAAUCAAGUGCCUGUAUCGCGCGCAAAUUGGAUCAAGACGCUUUGAUGUUGACAUAUGGAGGCAUGUCGAAACAACCUGUUACUUUGCCCACUUCACUACACAUAUUCAAGGGAUUGACCUCCAAGGGUUUCUGGAUUACUGAAAAUGUUAAGAAGAACCCUAGUGAGAAGGUCGCUAAUGUGCGGGACUUCAUCAAACUGUAUGAGGAGGGGAAAAUAAUCUCACCAAAGGAUGAAAUCACUACAGUCGAAUGGGAUGUCAAUAACACAUCCGACGACGAAUUGCUCCAACUGAUCAGAGAGGCUGUCAGCGCAACUGGUCAGAAACGCAUGGUGCGUUUGAAGUGGUGA